AUGGGAUUGUGCAUGCUACCAAAAUCAGUUUCAGGUGGUGAUCGUAAACUCCUGAAUCAGGAGUACCCGAUCACUGAGGUAACGGACGCUGAUCUGACUGUCGAAUGUGGUACGGAAUCGUCUCGUCCCCCAUAUUCACCUUGUUUGGCACGAAAAACUGUCGAUGAUUUAUUCAAAUCAUGUUGUCAGCAACAUGUGCCAGCCAAUUGUCACUCAUUGUGUACAUACGAACAUCGUGAACAUGUCGCUGCUGAGACAAUGAUCGCUUAUUUAUCGCCCAUCCUCUACUGCGCCAAUCAGAAUCGAGACAAUCGCAAGUGUUGCGAGUUUCUUGGCCUGUCGAAUGCUGAUUUAGGAGUCGGAGAUCGAUGUUUACGAAUGUGUGACAUUGCGCCGUCGGGUGAACGUGUCGGUUCCGUGGAGAAGUCGGAUUUGGUCUGCCUUUCUAACUGGAAUGUCAUCAUGUAUUGUGCUCGAUCUGGACUCCGUACCUUCAACUGA